AUGGCGCCACUGCAGUCCCGAGUAAAUCAGUUACUUCAUGAUUUGGGCCUGGCCCCACAGGAAACUUUGAAGGCCGAUGCAAGCGCUAUAGCAGCUGCAGUGGGCCUCGAGACCCCUGAAUCAGUCCUGGAUGUAGUGAAUUCUGCCGAGCGGGCCUUGUAUGCCACGGAUUCUGCAGGCAACAAGCGCCAAAAGCUGGCGGAAGCACCCAGCUCUUCAGCAAAAGCAUUUUCGGAUCCAUCCGUAGAGCUGAUAGGGUCGGUGUAUGUGCCGCGUGGAAGGGAUAGGUUGAAACUUGGCAGUGACAUUGACAAAGGAGCAAAAAGCAAGACAGGCUUUGACAAAGGCAAGCCUAAAUCGGAUGGUGAGGGGUCUCUGGCAGCUGUGGCGCGGGCCGCGUUGAAGAAGGAACAGCUGCCUGGAGCUUUUUCCGCUUCUUUUUCCAAGAUCAUGGGCAUUCCCAAUAGGGCAACUACAACAGAGUUGAAGGAUGCCUUCACGCGCAGGGCUGCAGCGUUGCACCCGGACAGCCCAACAGGUGACGCAAAAUCUUUCGCGAAUUUGGUCAAGGCUUUCAAGACCUUAGUCAACUCACGGCAACCGGAGGAACAUUGCGAGGGACCAGGCGGCCAAUGGAUCACCACCGCAGGAUUGCUAUUGCUGCUCCUGCGCGGGGUAGGCCCCGAUGAAUGGAAAGGAGUUCUUGCUUGCGUGUCGGAUGAGUGCCUGAAGGAGGUUUAUGAUAUGGCCAGCGGAGGCGGAGCUCAGAUACAAAGAUUCUUGUCAGAGAUGCCCCAGCUGCAGGCUACUCGACGCAUGCUGCCUUCUGCAGCGUGCCAGGUGGGCUUCUACAAGAGCACCGAAGGUUACAAGAGUCAUUUUGAAUUUCACGGCCUGACCGUAUCAACAUUUGGAACCUCAUGCUUGCAGACAGCUUUGGUCCAUCAUGGCGACUUGAUGCUAGCCAUCUCGAGCAUGGAAAAGGCGUUCUCUCACACCAAAGAUUUGGACCGAUCAGCAAUGGCGAUGAAGAUUUUGCAGAACAGCAUCCCUGUGUACUUUCAGGCCUACGUUCCACUGUCACCCACAGGGCGGCAGGAGCAAAAAGGCAUCUACACCCCUUUCAUGACCAGUUUGAAUGCCGUUUUGAACUUGAAGACCAGUUUGCAGGCCGCUUUAGUCGAUUCAAGCUGUAAGUUUCCGGAGCGCCGGCAGAGGGCUUGGGCACAGGUGAGCGCGGCUAGAAGCGACGUAGAAGCUCAGCGCAGCAGGCCAGUGAAGGAUUUUUGCGAGAAAGUGAAGCAGGCCAUGGCUCAAGAGCAGAUGCGCCGAAGAGCGCCUGCAGUCAUGGAAGCGGUGCCGGCCAAACAAUCCAGACAAGUGGAGGGGAAGCCCGCUGAAAAGUGUGCACCUCAAAGAACUUCUCGCAAACGCCUUGCGAAGGCUAUUGGUCAGAAUUUCAGCCAGCAGGCACAAACAGAAAUUGGUCAGUGGAAAACGUACCUGCAGGAGGAAAGGGGCUUGAGCAGGGGUAGCGCAGGAAGACUUGGAGUGUUGAUUCUGCGGGCACUGCAAUGGCUGAUUGAUCAAGAAGGCGUUGAGCGGCAGACCGUUUCAGUUGCUGACUUGCUGCGUGGUCCAGAGUUGGAAGGAGCAAAUGUGGCCCUUAGGUACACUUCAUGGUUGGAGCGUGAGCAAGAAGCUUCGAAAUCCUAUGUGUCCAACGUCUUCAAUGCUUUGGUGUUACUCGCGACAUUCCUGUGGUGUUCAAAAUGGAGGGCUGGAGAGGCACAUGACUGCAGCUCGCGCUCUGGCGCUCUUGAGGCCUUGCGCCGAGGAUGGGCCAGGGUGAAGCCCCAUGUUUCUUCAAGACGGUUUCUCCGGUGCGAAUCAGACUACGCUUUGAAGCCGCAGGAUUGCUGUGAGAGUUUUCGUGCAGAUAUGCAAGCAUUCGAAGAGUCCCUGACGCAACUUUCCUUCCAGCAAACAUGCUCAGUGCUGACGAAGUCCACAGCAAAGAUUCACAGACGAAACAUUUUGUCUGCAAUGGGCUGGCUCAAAGAGUUUGGUGCCAAUUAUGGCGCGGAGUUUGAAAUGCAGUUGAAGGCAUUGGUGCCAAACCCGGAGGCUGAAGGUGCUCAGGUUGCCUUCUCUUUUCUGUCUUGGCUGCGCAACGACAGAAGCUGCAGCCCGAAGACAGAGAUGUUUGUGUUGAACACGUUCAAACGCUUGGCGAAGUACUUGUACAAGUCAGAGCAACCUGCUUCAGGAAGGUCCAGGCCAAGUGAAAAGCACUUUGGUCAUUUAGGUGUGAUGCGAGAAUUGCAGGCCUUGGAGCAUCAAGUUUCUCACAGGGCCAAGUCCGCCAAGCCCAGCUCUGACAUCAACAGGAAAUGGCUUGACUGGCCAUUCUUUUUGGAGGCUGUGGAGCGCUUGCGCGCAGAAUGCCGCCCUUUGACAUCCCAGGGAAAGAAGCGGGCACCAGGUGCUAUUGCCAAGAGCUGGCAACGGUACCUGUUAUGCAAAAUGAUGUCUGUAAUUCCAGACCGGCAGCGCACUUUCAGGGAGUUGGAGAUGGGCCGAACCUUUGUGCAAGUUCCCAUGUCGCAGUUUGAUCGCACUUUUGCGCUUGAAGCUGCGGAGAUGGAGGCUGCGGGUGUGAAGUGUGAGGAGAUUUGGGCAAUUAAGCACAGCAGUGAAGAUUACAAGACUGGCUCGACCUAUGGUGAAAGACCUCUCCUACCACUUGGGCCAGGUUUGAGCCGAGAGGUUGAUGAAUUUGUUGGGAAAUGGCGCGUGCAUUUGUGCAAAGGAAACCACCAGUUCCUGUUUUGUCGCAAAGAUGGGUUCCCACUCGCGGAGCGGGAUAUUUGGUUCUUGCUUACACAAGCAAUGCGGCGGGUCGCAGGAAAGGCAGUAAAUCCUCACCUUGUUCGAGACAUGGUUGUAACGCAUGUUCGCUCCCAAGAUGUUUCAUACAAGCAGCUGGAAAGCUUAGCCUUGUACAUGGGGCACAGCGUGAAACAGCAGCAAUCCACUUACGACAAGCGGUCCAAGGCACAGAAGGUGUCACCGGCUGUCAGUUUGUUGAACACAAUCGCUUCCAGUGCGUCCAGCACUUCCGGCGCGCGUAUGUAAAGGGGAACGUGUAAAGGACGGCCGUGGCUGAAGCAAAGUGC